GAUCGGAUUGGGAGAUGAAAUGAAUGCAUGAAUUCAAUUAUUUCACUCUUUGGAUCGUCACUCUCUUCUUUAAUGGCAGCAACUGGAAGCCCUACUUUCUUUCAUCUUGCUUUUGUUUCUCAUUUCUGUGUGGUUCCUUCCACAUAGUUAGACAUGGAUUUUGACCUUCUCAACAAACCCCAUCCUCACCCCUUGUUCUUCUUUGAACAAGGCAUGAAUCAUGAAGUGGUUUUCUGUACUAGAUGCCGUCGACAGUUGCGUCCCCCGGCCUUCAGCUGCUCAGACUCCCACUGCAACUUCCAUAUCCAUCAAUCUUGCAUCGAUCUUCCUCCUCAAAUCCACAACCGCUUCCACCCUCAACAUCCUCUUUCUCGGACCACCAACAACUACCUCUGUACUCCCUGUUGGCAAAUGCCGUCAGGUGAUGUUUAUGCGUGCUCUAGAUGCGGUUUUCAGAUUGACGUCAAAUGCGCUAUCGCCGACACAAAAGCCAGUGGUCUACGGUGGAUGACCGGUAACCAGUUUCGCCAUUUCAGCCAUCCUCAUACAUUGACCCUUCAGCGAGAACAGAACAGAGAAACCGAUGAAAUUGAUUGUCUUGUUUGUGGAUUGCUUAUAAAAUCAGGUUCUUCUUAUUACUUCUGCUAUUUUUGUGAUUCCUACUUUCAUCAACAAUGCGCUGAGCUGCCGCGUGAGAUGUUAAACUCUGAUUUUCAUGAACACCCAUUAUUUCUUCUUCCCUCUAGCUCUCCCCAAACUAUUUGUAAUAGUUGCAAAAAUGACUGUGGAGAGUUUGUCUAUAAUUGUUCCUUGUGUGAAUUCAAUCUUCAUAUCGCUUGCUUACAAUCUUUCAAACACAAACACAGCUUCACCCAAUAUAGGAAUAGGACACAGUUUGUUUGUCGUGCAUGUGGUGAGAAAGGCAAUGGAUUCUCAUGGUAUUGUAUCAUUUGUCAUCUUUCUGUUCAUAAAAAAUGUGCUAAAAUGCCGUUAACUUUGAGGAUAUUUGGACACCGACUCCAUGAUCUUAGCCUCACCUAUUUUCGAGAUGCGGUUGAUUUUGUUGGCAACAAGAUUGACUGCAAGAUCUGCGGGGAGAAAAUAAGGACCAAAUAUGCUGCAUAUGGUUGCUACAAGUACAAUUGCAACUACUUUGUCCAUUUGGACUGUGCUCGAACCCAAAGUAUCGACUUUAACUCGACAGUGGAUGUUCUUGAUUCUACCAAUGAUGAAAACGUCAAGAUUGAAAUUUCUGGCUCUGAGAUUCAACAUUUCAUUCAUCAUCAUAGCUUAAAUUUGUAUUCCCCUGAGGAGGAGCUUGGACAGGACAGAGUUUGUGAUGGCUGUAUGAAGCGCCUUUCAGAUCCAUCUUAUGGCUGUGAGGAGUGUGAUUUCUUUGUCCACAAAGAAUGUCUUGAAUUGCCUAGAAAGAAAAGGAACUUCCUCCAUCAGCAUAGCCUCCAUCUCAUAUCAAUCCCAAAUUUCGUCUUCCAAUGCCAAGCUUGUCUCAAAUAUUUCAAUGGCUUUGCCUACCAUUGCAAAACAUGUCUUUCCACAUUCGACACCCGAUGCACCUCAAUCAAAAUCCCAUUUAAACACCCUGCUCACCAGCACCCCUUAUCUCUCGACCGGACCAACGAAGACCACAAAUGUGAAGGUUGUGGGGAGGGGGUGAAGCACAAGGUAGCGUUUCGGUGUGUCGAUUGCAACUUCCAUUUGGACGCAGGAUGUGCAACUCUUCCACUUGGGGUAAGGUACAGAUUCGACCCACAUCCUCUAGAUCUGACAUUUUUAGAAAAUGAAGAAGAAGAAGAGUAUUGUUGUGAAAUCUGCGAGGAAGAAAGAGAGCCGGGGCCAUGGUUCUAUGGCUGCCAAAAGUGCAAUUUUGCUGCACAUUUAGACUGUGCUGUUGGGAUGUUUCCGUACGUGAAGUUAAAGAAGCAUGAAGCUCAUAAGCACACUAUGAAACUGGGAGUGAAAGGGAAAGAAGAGGAUUGUGUGGCUUGUGAUGAAUCAUGUGCUGAGGAUUUGGCCUAUGAAUGCAUUUCCAAUUGCAAGUUCAAGGUGCAUGCCACUGGGCCGUGUUACCACAGCCAGGUAGUUUUGGGAAGCCUCGCUUUCACCAACCGUUGCUUUUACUCUCGAGGAGUUGGACUCCCCCAACAUACGAUUCAAAAUGAGCGCAUUCUGAUUACAAUUGGACCCUAUGGAGGUGGAGGUGGAAAUGCUUGGAAAGAAAAGAUUUUCACGUCAAUCAAAGGAUUUGCUAUUGAUCAUGCAGCAUGGAUCUACUCUUUCCAAUUUCAUUAUGAGAAGAAGGGUGAGUUGAUAUGGUCGGUGAAGCACGGUGGAGAUGGUGGUUCCAAAUCUGAGGAGAUUCUUGAUCUAUCUCAUUUUAUGAAAAUAGUUUCCAAGACUUAAAAGAGAUGGAAUCUGAUUGAAGCUCUGUUGUCCGAUCACUGACAUUGGAGACAAAUAAAAAAAGUUAUGGACCGUUUGGUGAAGAAGUUGGAUCCAAAUUUUCAAUCCCAAUGGGAAAGAACUUCUGUGGCCUCCAUGGUAGGGCUGGUUCUUUUCUUGAUUCAAUAGGAGGCUACGCUAUUUCAACACAACACCCUCAUCCUCUUUAGAGAAAGUAUAUUGAAACUCAACACUUCAAUUUUUUCUCAUGCUUAAUAUGUUAUACUCUUAACAAAAUAAUAAUGAUAAUAUAAUAAUCUCUGUUCAUACAUAUUUGUACAACUUAUAGUGUAAUUUAUAAACAAACAUAAUUUCUUAGUUUUAUUCGUCGUGAAGUUA